AUGGUUAAAAUGCGAGAGACACUAGCUCAGGCUAAGCUCAGAGAUACAAUCGUUCAAUUAAAUAAAGAGCUAUGGCAGCUUAAUGCCUCGGAAAAUAGAGGAAUGAAUACCAAUGCUGAUAGUGAGGACAAAGAAAGAAUUCAAGCCGAAUUAGAAUCAUUAAAAACAUUAAAUAAAUUAGAAUAUCAACAAAAAUAUCAUAAAAAAUAUAGAAGUCAGCAAAAACAAAAACUCCAACAAGUAGAAAGGCCAACAAUCGGUCGUCUACGUUUAGAAGAAACACAACUAGGCCUAUUAGAAGCCAUUUUUCGCAUUGUCUCUCCGGAUGGGCAGGCAGAUAAGGGUCGACAUUCAGAGACAUUACAAUCUGUCAAGACCUUGGAUCAACUCCAAGAAGCACUGGAACAAAUGAAUUAUAAAUUAUCACGCUCCGCCACAUACCUUAGACUUAUUCCAAAACAGCAUAAUACCGUAGAGAGAAAACAACAUGUUAAAACUAUACCAGUGAAGCUUCUAAGGGCACAGAAUACAGCAAGAAGGGCGCAUGAAGAUACCUGA